GUUAGAAAUGCCACAAUAAAAAAUAAUAAUUAGAUCUCGAAGCAAUAAAUAAGGAUCAAAAUUAUCCUCUCCUAGAGGUGAACUAACAGAUAGUUAAGCUAAAGUAGAUAAUCUAAUAUAUAGGAUAGCUGAUUGAGAGAUUAAUGAGUCGAUAAAAAAAUGGAGCAAAUAAAGAGGAAGAGCAAUAUUAAUCUUAUUUUGAACAUUUAGGAGGUAAUGGAGAUUUGAAAUGAUAGGAUAAUGUAUAUGUUCUAUUUGUAAUUGUGGAAAACAUUAAUGUGAAGGAAAACAAUGUAGAAACAGACCCUCAAUGCCUGGGAGUAAAAGUAUUUAUUAAAGGGAAUACAUUCAUAAAUCUCCAGAUUAGAGUGCACAUUAUAAUUAGAACCUUUUUGAUAAUCCUAAAUAAGAGGGUGACAUAGGAAAUGUAUCAACUUAUAAGGUAUUAUAAAUAAAAUCUUUUAGCAUGAUUUUUUGGGUAGUUAAUCAAAUUUUAGAUUUAAAAGUAACUCCCCUUAAUCAACAAUUCGAAGUGGACCUUUUAUGGGUAUAUCAACUUAUAAUAAUAUGUAUUUAAAUUGGGGAAAUGGAGAUACUGUUCCAUUAUUAUCUUAAAAGAGUCCAACAGUAAUUAGAGAUCUUCCAUUUUUUGGCAGAACAAAUUACAGAGAGUGUUUCUAAGGAGCAUAGGUUCAACCUGCAUAAAGUACCAAAGGUUUAAAUUGUAAUAAGUAAAUAUUAAAAUUAUAAAAGAUCACCUUUGUAGCCACCAAAUAUGAAAUUUAAUGGAAUUUCAGUUACAAAAUCUUCAUAUUAACCCUAUCGAACAGAUAAAUCUAAUAAUUUAAAAGAACCUACUUAAAUUAAAUUGAAUCCUUCUUAUCAAGGUCAAUAUAAUAGUGAAUACUUUAAAGAAUUCGAUCCAAAAUAAAGAUAACCAUGCCCUGCAAAAUAAGUUUUAGAAGAAGUGACUUAAUAAUGUUGA